AUGAAGUACUUCUUGUUGUUCGCUGUUGUGGCUGCAGCCAGAGCUUUGCCAUUUUUACCGGCAUCAAUUAUUUCAACCGGCACCAGCAUCCAGCAGCGAGUGCAGGACCCUGUAGGAAAUUACCAAUUCGGAUACACGGAAGGCCACGCUACCGGCGGCACUUUCCGUAGAGAAGUAGGAGACAUCGCAGGCAACAAAGUUGGCUCCUAUGGACUCACCGACGCCGACGGACGUAGAAGGGUAGUCAGCUACGUAGCCGAUGCCGCCGGUUUCCGUGCCAAGGUAGACACCAACGAACCUGGUGUCGAUCCAUCCAAAGAUCCAGCUGCUGUAGCCGUCAACAAGGGAGCCAUCGGUGCACCCCUCCUUGCUGCACCCUUAGCCGCUGCUCCAUUGGCUCCUGCUCUUGCUGCUCCUGCUCUUGCAGCUCCCGGUCUUGCUGCUCCCAUCGCUUCUGUAAUAUAUGCAGGAGGAAUUCCAGCUUCUUACAGUUAUUCUAUCCCAAGUUUGUUGUAA